AUGUCUCAACGGCAAGAAAUGGACUCCAGUGAUCUGUCACACAAGUUGGAGGCUUGUCCAAUGACCCGCAACUCCAGAAUCACCCAAAGAGAGCAAAGCUCUACCCAGCUAGACUUGCUCCCCGACCUGCUCAUUUUGCAACAGUCUCUCACUCUGGAGUCGAUAGUUUCCACAACUUCCUCUUUCGGCCAGCUAGUCCUUACAGCACGCAACCAACCGCACUUACAGCGAAUCAACCAGAUUGGACUCGGACUACAAGGUGCUGUGUUUGAAAUGGUCGGAAAGCCGUCGGUCAUCAAAAAAGAGAAACCAGGCAACGAGAUCCUUUCUUCCAAUUUGCGGCACGAAUACACACUCCACUGCCGGGUCUCUGCUGCAUUCGAUCGCUAUCAAAUUCCAACGAACGCCGAAGUACUGGUACCCAAGCCCUUAAGCCUUGUGCCGAAAGAAGACGACGCGUUCUGGAACGAAUUAUUACCCAGGUUACCGCACGAAUAUCGUGACCGGGGUGACUCCAUGAUUCUCCAGCGCAUUUUGCCGUUGCCGAAAAGUACCCGUCGGGCGUUGAUCAACUCGUACUGCUCUAGCAAUAUGACCGAAGCGUCAAAGCUGCUUGCAGAACCAGAAAACAAGCACUGUCUCGCCAGAGUAUAUCUCGGAGAGAACAACGGAACCGUCAACCGCAAGUCUCCGCUGCGAAACUUCCCUUUAUAUCUCGAUAACAUGAGGGAUAUCGGUAUUGAUACAAUCCGACUGGCGAGCGCGUUGGGAAAUGCAUUUGCUAUAAUGCACUGGGGUGCUGGGGUCAAUGGCGACGACGUUGAGUUUGUCUUGGGAACCACGGCAGAGGGGCCCACACCAGUCUUUCAAAAGCGAGCAGUUGGUCUGUUUCUACUCGACUUUGGUCAGUGUGAUGCAGUGGACCUAGCUCAAGACCGUGAGGAUGUCUAUCAGGCUUUCAGGGGAGCGAUGGUGACGGGCGAUAACCAAUACUUCAUUCCACGACCAACUCAACCCGCACUAUUUGCCGCAUUCAAAGAGGGAUAUGUUGAAACUGGCAAUGUGAUUCUGGUGGACAAAGGUCUGGACUCAAGGUUCGACAUAGAAGAGUUCAUGCAGGAGUACGAAGAGUACGCCGAAGACUUUCUGUAUUAA